CGCGGGGGGUGGGGGGACGCGGGGCGAUGGCCCGCGCCGUCAGCCGGGGUGGGUAAAGAGCCGUGGCGCCGCGAGUGCGGGCGGGAGGGCUGGCGGGAGCAUGACGGGGCUGUACGAGCUGAUGUGGCGGGUGCUGCAAGCGCUGUCCUGCCUGCACCGCGCGCUCACCUCGCGGCUUCGCCUGCGCUUCGGCACCUGGAACUGGAUCUGGCGGCGCUGCUGUCGCGCGGCCUCUGCUGCGGUCCUAGCGCUGCUCGGCUUCACGCUCCGCAAGCCCCUGGCGGGAGGCCGGAACCGCCGGUUCCUGCGGCGCCCGCGUGGGGGGCCGGGCCCGGCCGCCGCCCACCCCCGGCUGCGCUGGCGCGCGGACGGCGGGACUCUGGAGAAGCUGCCGGUGCACAUGGGCCUGGUGGUCACGGAGGAGGGGCUGGAGCUCAGCUUCUCGGACAUCGCGAGCCUCGUGGUGUGGUGUAUGGCCGUGGGGAUCUCCUACAUUAGCGUCUACGACCACCAAGGAAUUUUCAAAAGAAAUAAUUCCAGAUUGAUGGAUGAAAUUUUAAAACAGCAGCAGGAACUUCUGGGCCUAGAUUGUUCCAAAUACUCAACAGAGUUCGCAAAUAGUAAUGAAAAAGAUGAUCAAGUUUUAAAUUGCCAUUUGGCUGUGAAGGUGCUGUCCCCAGAAGAUGGAAAAGCAGAUGUUGUGAGAGCUGCUCAAGACUUCUGCCAGUUAGUAGCCAAGCAGCAAAAGAGAUCCACAGAUUUGGAUGUAGAUAUGUUAGACAGUUUACUUAGUUCAAGUGGUUUUCCUGAUCCUGAUUUAGUGUUAAAGUUUGGUCCUGUGGACAGCACAUUAGGCUUUCUUCCCUGGCAAAUCAGAUUGACUGAAAUUGUCUCUUUGCCUUCCCACCUAAACAUCAGCUAUGAGGACUUUUUCUCUGCCCUUCGUCAGUAUGCAGCCUGUGAACAGCGUCUGGGAAAGUAAUGAUCCCCAGUGUGCAAUUUGAUUUCAGGCUUUUGGAGAAAAGGAUUCAAGUGACUCUGAUGUUUACAAAGCACCUAUGAAACCCUGUAUACACCUAGUUCAUAUUCCUCAUAAUUUAUCAACA